AUACGAUUCGGCCCUGGCCAGACUGGCCAGUUCCUUCACUUUCUCUAUCGUGGUCGUCCAGAGAAGUCGUAUUUCUUGUGUCGUGUCGUGUCAUUAUAAGAGUUCAUCGAGUCUCACUGCCGUGCAGUAGAAUUCAGAGGUUGAACAACUAUGGAGGUUGAAAUUCUUGAUGCGAAAAAUUCCAAAUCCCUCGGCAAGUGCCGCGUUCAAAGUGAUACCACCAUCAAGGCAUUGAAAAAUGAAGUGCAAAACUUGAAGAAGUCGCUGACCGUGCACCGGCAGGCCCUGCGAUUGGAACCCCGUGGUAAAAUAUUGAAGGACUCCGACACCCUGAAAUCGCUCAGCGUCACAUCGGGGGGCAAAGUGUACGUGAAAGACCUGGGACCGCAGAUAAGCUGGAAGAGUGUUUUCCUGGCGGAAUACGCCGGACCUAUAUUCGUGUAUUUGAUCUUCUAUCAAAGGCCUUCGUUCAUUUACGGCAGUAGCGCUGCGAAUCCAGUUAGCCUGACCGCCAACGUUGCUGCGAUCUGCUGGGUUGCACAUUAUGCGAAACGCUUGCUGGAGACGCUCUUCGUUCAUCGCUUCUCCCACGCUACAAUGCCGUUGAGAAAUCUCUUCAAGAACUGUGGAUACUAUUGGGCGUUUGCCGGUUACGUUGCGUAUCACGUGAACCACCCUCUCUUCACCGAACCAAGCGCACCGGUUCUGUAUGCGGGACUUGCGGGAUUCAUUGUUAGUGAAUUGGGCAAUUUCUCCAUCCACAUGUUGUUGAGAAAUCUAAGACCAGCAGGUUCCACGGUUCGUAAAAUUCCAAAACCAGAUGGCAAUCCAUUGACUCAACUGUUCAACUUCGUCUCCUGUCCGAACUACACGUACGAGUUUCUGUCCUGGUUAUCGUUCUCGCUGAUGACUACCUGCGUUCCGGCGCUACUGUUCACCGCCGCCGGCAUGUACCAGAUGACGGUAUGGGCCAUCGGAAAGCACAAGAACUACAAGAAAGAUUUCAAGGAUUAUCCCAAGGGUCGGAAGGCUAUUCUACCUUUUGCCAUCUAAUUUUAGCGUCGACCUUUUGACGAUAUUUAUUAUGAUUGAUUGAGCAUUUCAAUAUAUUUUUUUGUUUUCGUUCUUCGAUAAUAAAAGGUUAAGGUUUUUCUAGUACUAGAACGAGAUUAAUGGCUUUAGAUCUAUUGGUAGCGGUACAAAUUAAAAUACGUUGUGGAGGAUAAUUGUAAGACUUAAUAUCGGUGAUUCAAUCUUAACUUCAUAAAUGACGAAAUUCGUCGUUAAGCUACCACCAUUCCCUAAGCUAGUUGAAUAAUUUGUUCUUGAUAGUAAAAAAUCUAUAAGCCACACAAAGAUUAUAAGACCUAAAGACAUCACUAUUGUUUAAAAAAAUAGUGAAGUACUAACUGUUCGACGUAGAAAUUUGACAUUUAUUUUUUAAUAAAUCAUUGUACAAGACAUGGCAUGACUUGAAAUAUAAUGUCUUCUGUAAAAACCAAA